CCCGGCUCUCCGCGCGGCAAGGGAAGCCCGCAGACACCACCACCACUAGUCGCUGGGGUCCCGUGUCCCUCUCGCCACGGCCUCGCGCCGCCCGGGGGGCGCUGCAAAUAGUCCUUUGUUUACAUGCAAUUCCUUACUCCGCGGAAGGAGGCCGGGGGAGUGCUGAGUUUUCACCAGCUGUUUCCCGCCUUGAAACAGACAUCUGAUCAGCUGCAAACACACACACACACGCGCGCGCGCGCGCACACACACACACACACACACACACACACACGCCCUCGGAGGCAGGCCGGAGAGACCUCCCUCCCGCCCCUCCCGCCCGCCGCCUGCCUCCCUCCCCUCGCCGCCGCCGCCGCCAGCAUCUGGGACCGGCCGAUUCUGCACCUCCGUCCGGCGCUGCCCUUUGAUUCGGAUUUCCAUCUUGCAUUCUCCGACGGACCGCGGGACCCGGCUCGUGCAGAGGAGGGGGGCCGAUCGCUAUGGAGUAUUUCAUGGUGCCCACUCAGAAGCCUUGCAAACAUUCCACUGACCCCUGAGACUCAGAGGGACCAGGAGCGGCGAAUUCGGCGGGAGAUUGCCAACAGCAACGAGCGGAGGCGCAUGCAGAGCAUCAACGCGGGCUUCCAGUCCCUUAAGACCCUCAUCCCCCACACAGAUGGAGAGAAGCUCAGCAAGGCAGCCAUUCUCCAGCAGACAGCGGAGUACAUCUUCUCUCUGGAGCAGGAGAAGACCAGGCUCCUGCAGCAGAACACACAGCUAAAGCGAUUCAUCCAGGAGCUGAGUGGCUCGUCCCCCAAGCGGCGGCGCGCAGAAGACAAGGACGAGGGCAUCGGCUCACCAGACAUCUGGGAGGACGAGAAGGCGGAGGACCUGAGGCGGGAGAUGAUUGAGCUGCGGCAGCAGCUGGACAAGGAGCGCUCCGUGCGCAUGAUGCUGGAGGAGCAGGUGCGCUCACUGGAGGCCCACAUGUACCCGGAGAAGCUCAAGGUGAUCGCACAGCAGGUGCAACUGCAACAGCAGCAAGAGCAGGUGCGGCUGCUGCACCAGGAGAAGCUGGAGAGGGAGCAGCACCUGCGGACCCAGCUCCUGCCCCCUCCGGCUCCCACCCACCACCCCACGGUGAUUGUACCAGCACCACCGCCCCCUCCCUCCCACCACAUCAAUGUCGUCACCAUGGGACCCACCUCCGUCAUCAACUCUGUUUCCACAUCCCGGCAAAAUCUGGACACCAUUGUGCAGGCGAUCCAGCACAUAGAGGGCACCCAGGAAAGGCAGGAGCAGGAGGAGGAGCAGCGGCGAGUGGUCAUCGUGAAGCCGGUCCGCAGCUGCCCCGGGGCCCACGCCUCGGAUGCUGCCUCUGAUUCGGAGGCUUCGGACAGCGAUGCCAUGGACCAGAGCCGGGAGGAACCAGUGGGGAAUGGGGGGCUUCCCUGACCACCCCCAGCCCUCCUCUCCCUUCUGGGGGCUGGAGGGGGCCGGGGGCAGCAACAGGGAGAAACACAGGUGAACGAGUGAGGAAUUUUUACAAAAUUACGACGUCAUUUGGGUCUCUUUUAUGACCUCUUUUUCAUACUGUAAAUCGACCAUUGAGUGAAGCCACCCAACCGGAGGUCCCGGGGGCUGGGUGGCAGGAGUGUGUGGGAGCCCCGGGACACCUGGGGCUGGGCCUCGGCCCCGGAGGCUGGGGGAAGCUGACACUCAGGUGCCUGGCCUUUCUCCGCCAAAAAGCAUUUUUUCAUUUCAACAUGUUUUUAAGAACAGGGAAAAUCAAACAAAACCCCAAGGUAUUUCUGCCCUCCCCAGAGCCAGCCCUACGACUGUCAGUUUUAACUCCCCCUUCCCUCAGUUUUAACUCCCCCUUCUCUCCUCUGUUUGGUUUUGUCUUUCCCCCUUUAAGCACUUACACAGGUGGGGGGGUCUGGCUGGGUUGGGGCGCUCUGGGGGUCCGGUUGCUUCUCGGUUGGGGUUUGCUGCUGCCCUUCUCCCCCCCUCCGACUCGUCUCAGCACUAGGAUUGGCCGUUCUCACUUCCACCCAGCCCCCACCUCCCUCCAGGUUGCCCAUCUUCGACCCGAAAAAUGUCUUUGUCUCUCUCGGUUUUGUUUGUUGUUGGUUCUUUUUUGGUUUUGGUUUUGGUUUUGUUUUGUUUUUGUUUUCGUUUUUUACAGUUUUGAGGUCUUUGUGUUCAAGAAGCUAUUAUAUUUUGUUAAGAAAGUGGGGGAAAAAAACCAAGAGGCCACCGUGCCUUUAUAAAGAAACAAAAUAAAGUUUGUACUUUGUUUUUUA